AUGCCAAAUACCAAGGACGAUUCCGACUCUGAAGACGAAGACUACGUUCCACCUGCUGGUGAUGCUGAGUCCGAUUCCUCAGAUGCAGAAAGGGACAUAAAACGCCAACGGACAGGUUCUCCAAAGCCCGCCGCAGCGGAGAACGAUGAUGCAUCACAGAAACAAGCUCGCGAUGCUCUGUGGGCAGACUUUCAGAAAUCCCUAGCAUCGACUUCGACGACACCACAGCAAGAGGUGCCGAAAAAGAUGGUCAAAGUGGAGAAAAGAUAUCUCUUCGCUGGCAAGAACGUCGUAGAAGUCGUUGAAGUCCCUGAAGACUCCCCAGAUGCGAAGAAAUGGCCUUUAUUGUCUGAGUCGACAGGAGAAGGCUCCAGCACUACUACUGAAUCACCGCCUGUCACUUCUGGUACAUCCACGUCGGUACCUCCAAAGAAAAAACCUGGACCAAGGAAGGGAAAGCUAUCCCUGAAAGAUCUCCCUGGUCCCUCGAAACAAAAGCCCAAGAAGCUGACGACACUCGAUAAAUCUGCCAUGGACUGGCGCAGUCAUGUCUCGGCUGAACCUUCCGAUUUCAAGGAUGAGUUGGAAGCGAAUCGGCGGGGAGGAGGCUAUCUCGAAAAGAUGGAAUUUUUGGAGAGAGUCGGAGAGCGGCGAGAAGGUGCUCUUGAAGCCAGCAAAAGCAAUAAGCGGCGGAGAGGGUAA